GUUAACUCUCUAGACUUUAGCUAACAAUCUAUAUGAUCAUCAAACAGAUUACGAACUACACAUGUAUUUUGUAUUAAAGUCGUGUGAUAUAUUUGAUAUAUAGAUAUAUAAAUUGCCUUAUACAGGAUAAAGAAAUGUCUUAAUUAAGGAAUUUUGAAGAGCACACACUCAUAUAUACGAUAUAUGUGAUUGAAAUGGCAGCUAAAGUGGAGAAAACAGAGCUCUUAUACAAGUUUGUAUUGAUCGGAGAUAUUGGUACAGGGAAAACCAGCAUCAAAUCACGCUAUACUCAUAACUUAUUCUCUGAACAAUACAAAGCUACUAUAGGUGUAGAUUUUGCAUUAAAGGUAAUAGAUUGGGAUGAUGGUACAAUCGUAAAGUUGCAGUUAUGGGAGAUUGCAGGUCAAGAACGAUUCGGUAACAUGACUCGUGUUUAUUAUAACGGAGCUAGUGGAUGUUUUAUAGUGUAUGAUGUAACAAAACCAUCAACAUUUGAAGCCGUCAUGAAAUGGAAAGCAGAUCUAGACAGUAAAGUCACACUAUCAGAUUCAACACCUUUACCAUGUGUUUUACUGGCAAAUAAAUGUGAUCAAGCCAAGGAAGGACCGGUAAACAACGUCUCUCAGAUGGAUGAUUUCUGUAAAGAAAAUGGUUUUGUUGGAUGGUUCGAGACGUCUGCGAAAGAAAAUAUAAAUAUAGAUGAAGCAGCUAAAUGCCUUGUUACGAAGUUAAAACCAGCACCAUCCCAUGACAGUUCCAUAAAUGAAUCUAGUAAAAGGGGAGAAAGCUUAUUAAAUGACAUUAAUUCAAGAUUAGAAAUACGACGAAAGAGCAUAGACUUAGAUGGUGUAGACCCUCUUGAAAAAGAAGCUUUUGAACAGACAGUUAUAUACGCAGCUAAAACAGCUUUACGGGUUAUCAAAUCCGCAAGACUUGAAAGGUCGGAUUCAUGUGAUAAUGUUUCUGUAAAAUCUGAAAAUAAAUCGGACGAAGACGAUUAUUGUGAAAUCAUCGAUGCUAACCGAUAUACAAAAAGAAAUUCCAAAGAAAAAUGUGUAACAAAUUAUAAAGAACAAUCGAGUAGACCCACAAGUAAAAAUAGGACACCAAGAAGGAGACAAAGCUCAGUUCAUGAAGUACAAAUAUACAAUAAAAUGGCCGAAAAGAAGAAGAGUAUUCGAAGAAAAGAAUCUUAUGUGCUGUUACCUGUAAAGGAUGUAAAAGGUCUCACCCAACAGCAAAUUGACGAAAUAAAAAAAUCAUUCAACGACCUGGAUGUUAAUAAGGAUGGGAGAGUAUCGAGAAGAGAGCUAAUUCUCGGAGCUUAUCGACUUGGGAUGAAUCCCACGGACGCUGAGGUGGAUGAAAUGUUUCUGUCAUCUGAUAAAAACAAUGAUGGAUUUAUAGACUUUAAUGAGUAUGUAGAAAUGAUGAGAAAGAAUUACGUCACAAUUGAUAUAGAACGUGAGCGAAUGAAAGCUGCCUUUUGUUUAUUGGACAAUGAUGGUGAUGGUUUCCUAACCAAACAAGAACUUAUCUCGGCUCUGUGUACAAAACAGUCUGGGAUAACAGUAGAAGACAUUGACGAAAUAUUACAUGAUGCUGACAUGGAUGGAAAUGAUCAGAUUGAUUUUAAUGAAUUUGUAGAUUCGACGAUAUGCGCAAAGUUAUUCUGAAUGUAAAGACAAAGUUGGCAACAUAAUACUCUUAACAUUUGUUUGUUGAUAGAUGGCAUGGGAGAAUUGUCUUAAUUAUAGGAAAGAGAGAGAGAGAGAGAGCGAGAGGGAGACGGGGGCAUUGUAUAGAUCGUGAAUGAAAGGAAGAUUAGUGACACAUAUGUAUACAUGUAUGACUUAACUAAAAUGUAGGAUUGUUUAAUGAAAUCAAAAACUUGCAUUUACAAAUUAAUGGUGGACAGACUGAUAUAUUUAUUAACUUGUACAUAUACUGAAUCUUAUGUGUAUGGAGGUCCUACAUACAUUUGUAUGUGUAUAUUUUCUACAUGUUUGAUCAUUUUUUGCAAAUGUGCUCGUUUA